GUUAUGUGUGUUAUCAAACCAUGUUCAAUUUAAAACACUUAAAGCAAUGGUAUAAUACCUGUAUGCAUUAAACUUGGAUUUCUUUAAUAAGCAAGUGCUUGUAUAUCAUUGUAAUUUUAACGACAAAAUAAACAGUAUUUCUAGACUUAAUUUGUUUACAGUUUAUUGCAAAUUGUGAUAAUACUUGGAGGAACUGUGUUUCGUGGAUAACAGUGUAUUGUUUCACAACGGUGGUGUUUAAUGAAAAACUCAACAGACGGUGGCGUGCGCGCAUGGAAACCCGCUCAUUGAAAGACAAAUUGUGCUAUCCUGUCAACAGAUGCGGGGAAUUGAUCUUGGAGCCCAAACUGGCCCCUAGACGCGCGCUUACAGGGAAUUGGAACAUGAAUGUCGUCGCGAUAUAAUCCGAUAUUCGUUUUAAAUCCUUUUAAUGAUUCGAAUUGUUGAAUAAUUUAUUAUCUCAUUGUGAAUCAUAGAAUUUGUCAUCAGCAAAUGUGUUAGUUAUAGAAAUAAAACUUCAUUCCUCAGAACUUAAAUUGGAAGAAUUUGUUAGUUAAAAACCAAUUAAUGACGUUAUGAGUUAAUAUACAUAUCCUUGCACAUUAAACGCUUAUCAAGAUGGUGGUCUAGAUUAAAUCAUGAAAGCAUUAAGAAAAUUAUUGGAAAAAGUCGCCCAUGCCUAGAAAGUGUUAGAACCCAUCGUGUAUGCCUGAUUUCCCUGACAUUGGAUGGAAGCUACAGUAAUGGACAAGUCAGUGGAGAGUUUAAAGAGUGGAAAUCUAAUUGUUUCAAGAUAAUAAAGCAGCAAUUUGUACUUCGUUGAAAGAACGGAUAAUUGAUAAGCAUCCACUGAUAGAUAAUGAAACAACAUAUAAAAUGCAUUACAGUUGAGAAAAGGAAACAAUAACAGCCUUACUUAAAACACAAAUGCAGUUGUUGAUUAGUUUCAACAGAUAUUUUACUGUUUGCGGCGGUGAGGGGGAGAGGCUUUGUGAAGGACCUGGUUACAAAAUGAGAUGCAAGCUCUGGCACAGGAAUGUGGCUGGCGGGAGUUUGUGCUAUUAAGCAGGCAUAAACAUUCUCUAUUGUGGUUUAACGCGUCAGUAGCGUAAAGACACGGGCGUUUUACAUGUUAUAUAGUGUUUUGAACUCAGUAAAAAUGAGAUUAUAUGAAUAAGAACUAUCAAUAAGUUCAAUAUCAUUCUACAUUCGCUAGAACUUGGAUAUGUUUUUGUAGCUUCCUGGAUAAAACUCGAUGGGAAUUUCCGAAUACCGGAGACAAUAAUGCCGGUAAUCGUAAGGAUUUGUUCAAUAAAACAUUGAAACAUUUUGACAGUUAUAUUUGAAAGUUCUGAAGAUGUAAUAUCACAUUUGCCGAACAAUAUCGAUUAAAGCAUGGAAUAAAAAUUCGUCUAUCAUAAAUUCUAGUUUUAAUAACUGUGGAUGAAGGAAGUCUUGGAAAUACAUUGUCGUAAAAUGACAAAACUGGCAGUUUAAAUGUCUUGAUACUUGUAAAAGUGAUAUUACAAUGUGACAGUGUGGAUACUAACGGAUGGAACUAUUAUGUUUAUGGUGUGGAUUCCAGUUCCUUACAGGAUGAGACCGGGAACUCUCCUCCCUCUCUUCCUUAUAUGCAUUCUACAUGGUGGGGCAACGUACAAACUCCGGGAUGAGGCAGAUGACGGUGAACCAUACUUCCUCAAGUCCCCGACAAACAUUUCUGUCGUGGAGGGCGAAAUGGCCGUCCUUAAAUGCAUUAUUUCCAACCUGGGCCCGAAAAUGGUAAACGUGGUAGGCUACAUAUUGUCUUGUGUCUUACAGUAUAGCAAGGUGGUGUGGCGACGGAUGAACGAGGACUUCCCACUCACGAUCGGCAAGGUUACCUUCUCCCAGGUGGACGACAUGUCCGUGCAGCACACAGAGCUCACUGCUACCACAAGCGCCUGGGACCUCCUUAUCAAAAACGUGAAACCCAGCCAUGCCGGUCUGUACGAGUGCCAGGUCUCCGCCAACCAUCUUAUUGCUCAAUAUGUUACUCUCAAUGUUAUUGAAAAGUCUAGUAUGCAGCCAGGUAAAAAGUCUUCUAAGAUAUCAGGCGUUGCGACAUAUUCUGAGACAGGUACAAUACACGUUGUGCCAGAGUUACGCAUCAUCGGAAAUAACUACGUUAACAUGGGAAGUCUUCUGCACCUGAUCUGUAACGCGACAGGAGCCCUGCGGACCCCAGAGGCUGUGGACUGGUUCUACGAGGGAAACAGAAUAGACCAAUCAGAUAGCAGGUGGCAAGGGCGGGUGGAAAUACUCAAACAUGAAUCAUUCGAGGGGAGGUACUACGUCAGUGAGCUUAUAGUUGACAAGACUGACAUGGGUGAUAACGGUGACUAUGUCUGCCGGAGCUCUGAUUUAGCUGUCAACAGUGUCAAAGUGCACAUUCUAAAUGCGGUGAAAGAUAAUCUUACAAUCCGAGGUUCAGGAAAAGAUGCACAGAGUGAAUCAAUACGAACGAAUCCAGCAAGUUCUGCAUUUCCGGUUUAUAUUGAGCCACUUCCGGUGUUGACGUACGCAAUUAUAGCGCUUGUAUGGAGUUGAAAUAUGGAAACAGAAUAAGCGGUGAUAGAUUGUGCCUUCCCUCUCAUCCGUGAAUGUACAACUCAAUGUCUUGAUUUGCAAUUCUAAUUGUUAUCAGACUUAGUGAUGAGGAACGAAAUUGACUGUACAUUCAGGUAUCAAAGUGCAAAACGACUUUUACACACAUGUAGUGAAACCAUUUCGCGUUCGUGAAUAAAACAGAUUGAAUAAACUGAAUGUUAUGAGGUAACGUGUGGCAUAACUGUGAUCAUGGUCUGGCCAUGCUGUUGAACUAAUUUGUAAAUAUGUUGCUGUUCAUUCAUAGCAAUGAAGUUAUACGUACUGUUGCCACGUACUCUGAUAUUUAUUAUCUAUUAUACGUGUUGUUGCCACAUUUUCUUAUGACCAUUAUUCAUUCUUUGUAUUGAACAGUUAUAACAAAAUAAGAACCGGUAACAAUGUUCGAAUAUUUUCCUUAAAACAUUCGUUUCAUGUGAUAUUGUAUGUGAAAUUGUGCAAUAUCUUUGGGUUUCCUAGCAUUUCCAGUUCCAAUACCUCAAUCCACUCCUUCAUCAUUCGUGUCCUACGUAUAACUGUUUAUAUAUUAUAUAAUGAUUGUGGUAUGUCGUGGAAAUAAAUCAUUUUAUUUCAUUGAAAA